CUCGGGGGCCAUCUUUACUCCUGGCGGCCAGGCCGCCCCGCGGCCGCAUCCUGGGUGGCCAUGUCAUGUUCGGGCAAGGGCUUCGCCUCUGUUCUGUUUCGUCACUCUGCUUCCGGCUGAGCUGACCAGACGGCCGCGCUAGAGCGGACGGCGCCGAAGGCGGGAAAGCUCUGCCAUUCAAGUAAAUAAAAAAUAAACGUUAGAAGGAUGAACAUCUGAAGUUGCGAGGGCGCCUGUCCGCUUUCCUCCCCGGCCCACGCGACCGCGGCCGACCGGCUCGUCCCUGCUGUCCUGGGCAGGUGCAGGCGUGCGACUCCAGCCGCGACCGGUGAGUACGGCGGCCCCCUCUCCCGUGGCCUCCGGGCCGCUGCUUUCGACGGAAGAAGGUCCAGUCCGCCCGAAGAGAACUCGGCGGCGUGGAGACUUGCUGCCCGGGCCCAGCCUCCGCGGGCGCAGGGCGAGGUCAGCGCCGGCGGCCUCCACCUGGCUCUGGCCCAGCUCCCCCGUGGGGCUCAGCUUGCCCCUUGGGGCCUGGCGCGGAGUCAGCUUCCCGUGUGGGACCUGGUCAGGCGUGGCCGCAGCGAGCUGCCUGGCUCCCCCUUCAGGUGCUCACGCUCGGCGCCCACCUUCGGUCCCCCAAGGCCUGCCGCGAAAGCCCCCCAUGGCUGGGAAGCGGUCGGCGGGCAAGCAGCCGCUGCUGCUGGGGCUGCUGCUGUCUGCGGCCGCCGCCCACCUCCUCACCUGUCCCUACACCAAAGUGGAGGAGAGUUUCAACCUGCAGGCCACGCACGACCUGCUGUUCCACCGGCUGGACGUGGACAAGUUCGACCACCACGAGUUCCCCGGCGUGGUCCCCAGGACGUUCGUCGGGCCGCUGCUGCUGGCGGCGCUGUCCAGCCCCGCAGUCUGCGUGCUCUCGCUGCUGGAGGUGUCCAAGUUUUACUCUCAGCUCGUAGUUAGAGGUGCCCUUGGGCUUGGCGUCAUCUGGGGACUCUGGUCGCUACAAAAAGAAGUGAGACGGCAGUUCGGGGCCACGGUGGCCACCCUGUUCUGCUGGGUGACGGCCUCGCAGUUCCACCUGAUGUUCUACUGCACACGGACCCUCCCCAACGUGCUGGCCCUGGCCGUGGUCCUGCCGGCCCUCACGGCCUGGCUGCGGCACAGGUGGGCCCGCUUCGUCUGGCUCUCGGCUUUCGCCAUCAUCAUCUUCAGGGCGGAGCUGUGCCUGUUCCUGGGCCUCCUGUUGCUGCUGAGCCUGUACACCAGGAAGCUCUCUGUGGCCAGACUGCUGCAGCACGCCGUCCCGGCCGGCAGCCUCUGUCUCGGGCUGACGGUCGCCGUGGACUCCUGUUUCUGGCGGCAUUGGGUGUGGCCGGAAGGAAAGGUGUUGUGGUACAACACCGUCCUGAACCAGAGCUCCAAGUGGGGCACUGCCCCCCUCCUGUGGUAUUUCUACUCCGCCCUGCCCCGGGGCCUGGGGUGCAGCCUGCUCCUCGUGCCGCUGGGCAUGGUGGACAGAAGGGCCCGGGUGCUGGCUCUGCCCAGCCUGGGCUUUGUGGCGCUGUACUCGCUCCUUCCACACAAAGAGCUGCGGUUCAUCCUCUACGCCUUCCCCGUGCUCAACAUCGCGGCUGCCAGAGGCUGCUCCUACCUGCUGAACAAUUACAAGAAGUCUUGGCUGUACAAGGCGGGGUCCCUGCUUGUGAUCGGACACCUCGUGGUCAAUGCCAUGUACACGGCCACGUCCCUCCACGUGUCCCAUUUCAACUAUCCUGGUGGCGUUGCGAUGCAGCGGCUGCAUGAGCUGGUGCCCCCCAGGACAGAUGUACACGUGCACAUCGACGUGGCCGCCGCCCAGACAGGCGUGUCACGGUUCCUGCAAGUCAACAGCGCCUGGAGCUAUGACAAGAGGGAAGACGUGCGGCCGGGCGCCGCGGGCAUGCUGACCUACACACACCUGCUCAUGGAGGCCGCGCCUGAGCACCUGGCCCUCUACAGGGACACACACCGGGUCCUGGCCAGCAUCCUGGGCACCACAGGCGUGAGUCUGAACCUGACCAAGGUGCCGCCCUUUGACGUGCACCUGCAGACAAAACUGGUGCUUCUGGAGCGGCUCCCCAGGCCGUCCUGAGGGAGAGCCCGGCAGCCCUACCUGGGCACGGCUGUGCUGUUUCCUGCAGCAGCCGAGAUCAGAGAACAAAUCAAAGAAGCACGAACGCGGCCCAUGCGCGCGAGGCUGGGUCUCUGGACGGAGGGGCCUGGGUCACGCAGGUGUCUUGGGAGCCACAGCCAAGGUUGACAGUGGCUGCUUAGACUCCUGUGUGUGGCCAGGGUGGACCACAGAGUCACUUAGCAUUCAGGGACGACUCUGACGAUUCAGGGGACGGUGCUGGGGCGUGGCCGUCCCAGGAACCCCGGCCGCAGGCUGCCGCCGCCCUGCCCACUGCGCCAGGCUUGCUGCCCUGCUGGCUGCAGGUCCCCUGGGAGAUCACGGGACAAACCUGGACGCCCCUCGGCUGCUGCAGCUCGUAUGUGCACAGCAGGGCAAGCUCCAGUUCAGAUUAGGUUUCAAGAGAGGAAACACGUUGAAAAAAGAAUGGGAAUAAAUGGACUUUCUACGCA